AGAAGAUAAAACUCGCUCACUCCCUUGUCUUGCCUUGACAGUUUUCGACCUGUUCUUUCCACUGCCAUCUGAUAUCUUCUUUGAGUGCAUGGCUGCUUUCAAACCAUUGCAUUUACUUGAUUUGUUCUACUUGAGUCUCUUACCCUCAAAUCAAGAGACAAAACCGAUACAUCUUGAUGCAUAUCGUCCAUCAAGUCAAUCAAUACAAAGUGUAACAGAGUUAAGGCCAUCAGGGAUCAAGUUGAAGCCGCGAAAAGCCGACAGUUUCUUGGACAUCAAGUUCCACAAUCGAGUCCUAGAAAUCCCAGCAACAGCUGUGAAUGAUUUCACUAGCACCCUUCUCCUGAACUGUGUUGCCUGGGAACAAUGCCAAGAAGAUAAACCAACAUACUUCACAGACUAUAUUUCUUUCAUGAAUUGUCUCAUCCAUCGGCCAAGAGAUGUAGCAUUACUGUGUCUAGAUGGGAUUAUCACAAGAUUCUCACAAGAUGACAUGUAUGUGGCUGAUUUUUUCAACAAUCUUGGGAAAAAUGUUGUGAUCAACGUCCAUAGUUGUUACCUCUACAAGGAGUUCAAAGAGCUGGAUGCAUACUUCAAUAGCUAUUGGGCAACCAUGAUGAGGACUUAUUUCAGAAGUCCAUGGUCAUUUAUUUCCGCUUUUUCUGCCUUCCUCAUCAUUGUUCUUAGUUUUACACAGACCAUCAUGUCUGUACUAACUUACCAGCGCCAAUUUGGAUAAGAUUA